CUGACAGACAUUCAGAUAUAGUAGUAGCUGCCUAAAACUAUGCAGCAUAUAUAGUUCUCAAUAAAAAUGAAUAAAUCUUCAGCCUAGUGUAGGAUGCUUGGUCUCACAUCCAUUGAUCCAUCAUGUCAUGAUCGAUUAAUUGAUCAAGUUGACAGGAUGGUAGAAUUAGAUUGUCCAUCCACAACCACUACAACCGUACGUACCAGAUAGCUUUAAAGAGCGUCCAUGCUUGCUGCUCUGAAAAUCUGGCUAUUAAAAAUAGGAGCUACUACCUCCGUUUUUUUUAUACACGGAGUAUAAGAAAAGGUCAUAAAUUUGUCCUGAGUCAAAACUUUCAAAUCCGACCAAGUUUGUAGAGAAAACUACCAACAUCUAUAACUCUAAAUUACUUUUGUUAAAUCUGUCAUUAUAUAUAUUUUCGUAGUAUACUCGUUCGAUAUUGUAGUCCUUAGUAGAUGUUUCGACUUGUUCAAACUUGAACAAGUUUGACUUAGGACAAAGCUAGAAUUUUUUUUAUAUUUAGGAACGUGGGGAGUACUAUUUACUUAGUGAUUCAUUUUCACUUAUUGGUUCAAUUUCAUUCAUGCUUGUCAAAGUGUGCAUUAAUUUCAAUAAAGAAAAAGAAAAGGUUUGUAUGCUAGCUAGCUGAUCCACUCUCAAAACAAAAAUUAGUAGGCAUUCAUCAUCAUCUCUUGAUCCUUAAAUUCUUCCGGAGAUGACGACAUCAAAGAUAAUUCCUGGUUGAUGGAGAUAUAAGAAGAGAGAAGCAAAUAAAUUAAGCCAUAUACACAUGCACGAGUGGUAUGUAAUCUUAAAACAUAGAUAAACGACUCUUGUUUCUAGUAAGCACGGCUGCCCCUACCUACAAUCUACGGAGUACAUUGUUAUUUUCAAGCUAGGGAAAGAAAUUCCAUGUCUCAACGUGGACCUUUUGCACAUUUAAAGGAAAGUAAAUGUGGAAAAGGUCCACGUUGAGACAUGGAUGACUUUAUUUUUCUAGCUUGCAAAUAGCAGUCGAUUGUAGGUAGGGGCGUGUCUUUUUUAACACAAAAUUGACCCUUUUUAUAAGUUCAGCCAGAAUAACGAUAGUCAAAAAAUUCAACUAAUUUUGACCCUUGGCUCAGUGCCAAGGGUUGAAAUUGUAUAGAUAACACUCUUUGGCAUGCCUUUCCUGGCCUUUAUUUUCACCUGAGCAUCAUCACUCACAAGUCACAAGCACGCCGGUUGGUGGAUCAACUUCAUUGGUGCUUAUAUCUUGAUACUGUUGUAAUCACCCAUCUCACUAAUGAAUCCUGAAAUACCAUCACUGGCUACUAGGGGCUUCAAUAGGAAGAAUUAUGGAAAACAAACGUGCAAUCUCGAUCCGUGUUUGACAUGUAAAGGCAAAUAAAAUGACUCAUAUAUAGAUCAAGUACGACGAAGCGGUUUGUUGGCAUGUGCUGCAAAGCUACUUUGAUGAUCGAAAACCCAAGAAUACACUCUUGUAGCUAGUGCCACCUAACACAAGAUACCAAGCGAUCAAGAUUGAGAAGCAUCCAAACCACUUUUAGGAUAAAGAUGAAACGAUGAUGCCAUGCCAUGGACCUUAAAAUAGGGCCACACCAUGUCCCUACUCCAUCAAUCAUAUCAUUCACACAGACUCAAACAAACAAUCCACCAUGAAGACCUUCCUCAUCCUCGCCCUCCUCGCUGUCAUGGCGACCACCGCUAUCGCCACUAUUGCGCGGCAGAAGGACCCAUGCAAGGAGUUCUUCCUGCAGCAGCAGUGCAACCCGAAGAAGAAGAUGCUGCAGCAGGGCAGCUGCCAGGUGAUGCAGCAGCAGUGCUGCCAGGAUCUUGCCCAGAUCGACGUUGCGUCCCGGUGCCAGGCCAUCUGGCAGUACGUGCACUCCAUCAUCGGCACGCAGCAGCAGCAGCAACUGGAGCAGAAACAACAACAGCCGUGGGACGCUACACAGCUCGCUCGCACCCUGCAGGCGAUGUGCAACGAAGUGAACAUCCCACCCUACUGCAUCCAAGAAGAGCUCUUGUUUUACAAAGCUACUUUGAUACCUACAAAUGGCAAUCAUCCUUCACAUAAAUACAAACAGAAACAUCAAGCGCUCCGAGCAGUAUCCGGCACCAAUCCCACCAUGAAGACCUUUCUCAUCCUCUCCCUCCUCACCAUCGCCGUGGCAACCACCGCCACCGGGCAGCUGGAGCUGACCAAGUGCGAAGAGUUUCUCCUGCAGCGGUGCACCCCGGCGACAUCAUACCAGGGCAGCUGCCAGGCGUUGCAGGAUCGGUGCUGCCAGCAGCUGGCCGUGGUCGUGCCCUGGCAGUGCGGCGCCAUUGCGGACGCCGUGCACCGCGUCAUCAUGCAUCAGCGGGAGCAGAAGCAGCAGCCAUGGGAUGGUAAACAGCUAACUCAGACCCUGAAGACCAUCUGCAACGUGGAGUGCGAAUAAACAGGAUCAAGCU